UCCUAUUUAUUUUUAUAAUCUAUUCCACAAGAAUAUAAAGGCAAAAUGAGCAGUCAAACAUCUUCCCACGCAUCAAAAAGAUCAAGAAAUUCAACUCCUUCGACUAGAAGGACAUGGACUGCAGCAGAAGAACAAACUCUUAUAGAUGGAUUAAAAGAGUUAUGUGUUAAUGGUUGGAGAGGUGAUAAUGGAACCUUCAAGCCAGGAUACCUAAAGGAAUUAGAAUGUUAUUUAUGUGAACAUCAUCCUAACAGCGGAUUGAAAGGUGAACCACAUGUCUUAUCUAGAAUAAGAUAUUGGAAGAGAUGUUAUGCAAGUAUAGCUAUGCUAAAGAGUCGAAGUGGAUUGGGAUUUCAAUACGGUGAUGGAGCUAUAAUAGUUGAUGAUCCUAAAUUUUGGGAUGACUUCCUAAAGGUUGAUCCAAAUGCCAAAAACAUGAAUAAGAAAAAAUGGCCGAUGUUUGUGGAUUGGGAGGAAAUCUUUGGCAAGGAUAGAGCAACAGGGGAGUUUGCAGAAGGCCCAUUAGAUGUUGUUGAGGAAAUUCAAAGGAGUCAAUCCUCAGUACUGUUUAACGAUAUGAGUUUGGAAUUUCCUAUUGAUCUUGAUGGCGAUGAAGAAGCUGGUUCUAGUCAUAGACCUAAUGUGACUACGGGAGAAGCUGGAAAUGCUACUGGAGCUGCUACAUUUCCUGAAGCAUCUCAAAAUGAAAAUGCUGGAGCAUUUGAACCUGAAGAAGCUGGAUUUCAACAAACCAAUAAACAAGGUGAGUAUACCAAAAGGUCGUCUAAUGUCAAUGAAAAGGAGAAAUGCAAGAAAAGAAAAAAGAUCCCGGAGAAUGAUUCUGAGAUAUUUCUUAAGGGUAUGGUUGAGGUUAUAAAAAACUUUACUGACAGUCAAGACAAACGAAUGGGUGCCUUGAUUGACAAGAUUGGAAAUCAUGACCAAUCUGAUCUUCGUGAUCAAAUUUAUUCCAUCAUUGAAUCCCCUAUAUUUGACUUGUACUCCACAGAGCAACGCAUCAAAGCAACAAUGGUUCUUUGUGAUGACGUCAAAAAGAUGGAAUUAUUUAUACGCAUGGGUGAACUUGAGCGUCAAACUAUGAUGUUUAUGAUCAUCAAUGAUAAACUUUAAAGUAUGGUAGACUGCAAGAUAAGUGGAAAGUUCAUUUUGCUAGUUUUGCUUAAUUGAAGACCUUUAAAUAUUUGAGUGUAGUGUCACUUUCUGAUACCUCAGAUUAUGUCCUAUAUUGAAAAUGAUUGGCGUAAGACGGACACGAGGACAAUAGCUUUUGUGUAACUAGAAUCUA